UGUUUAUAUAAGUUUAGUUUAUCUCAAGAUAAAUAUCACUUAGAACGAAGCCUACCAGAUACCAGAACAACAAUCUUUCUUUCUUGUUGAAAUAGUUGAUUUCAGACAUAGAAAAACAGUUACCAAUGAUGCAUUUUGCAUUGGAAGUUUCAGUGAUUUUAUUGUAUAUAGGAUAUGCAAGGAGCAGGGAGUCACGAACACUGGAAUUGCUUAGACAAAGGGUCCAGAGAAUUGAGACAAGAUUGUCGGAGGACAUGGCUUUUAUACGUGAAGAAUUUUACAAUGAGCUUAAGGAUUUAUCUGCAAUAGAUGUUGUUGGUGAAAGUGAUGAAAUGAAUAUAAACGAACGAAAUAUUGAAGGAAGCGAGUUUGAAUUGGAAUUGGACAAACUUGAGUCAGAGUUGGCAACUAAGUUCAAAGCACUUCAAUAUGGGCUUUUAUCAGAAAAGCGAAUCAGAAGGGAAAUUCAGGAGGAAGUUCAAGCCAUUAAAGAGAAGGAUGCAGAUAUUUCAAAUCCAUCAAAACUAUGAUUCAAAAUUCAACAGCAAAUAUGAAUAAUAUUAUGACAAUAUUAGAUUUCAAGAAAGAAUUGUCAGAAGUUAUAACUAUUCUGAAAGAUUUAAAAGAAACAUUUUUGCGUCGUGAAAAUUCUCGUUUUAAAACAGAAUUUGCGUCUGGUUGUAUGGAGCUUCUUUUGAAUGGUCACGUGACUAGUGGCAUUUAUACAGUGUUCCCUGAAACGAUAUGGCGACCAUUGAAGGUUUUUUGUGACAUGGAGACCGCAGGUGGAGGUUGGACGGUUUUUCAAAGGCGGGAAGACGGUUCCGAAAAUUUCUUUAGAAAGUGGCUCGACUACUCAUUCGGAUUCGGGAAUACUUCAGGUGAGUUUUGGUUGGGCAAUGAGUUUGUAUAUCGCGUAACCCACGGAAUACCACAAGAACUUAGGAUAGAAUUGGAGGAUUUUGAUAACCAGUAUCGAGUUGCUAGCUAUGGACUGUUUUCUAUUGGAAGCGUCGACGAAGGUUACGAGCUAUUCGUAAGUGAUUUCGAGGGAAACGUUACGGAUUCUUUUGGAAAAGCCCACAAUGGAAAGAAAUUUUCAACUUCAGAUAGAGGUCCAUCAUCUGGAUGUUCUCACAAUCAUAUGGGUGGAUGGUGGUACGGCAAAUGCCAUGCCGUGAAUAUAAACGGACUUUAUCUCCGGGGCGAGCACAAGUCUUAUGCUGACGGAAUCAAUUGGCAUGGUUGGCGUGGCCAUCACUAUUCCUUGAAAAGAACAGAAAUGAAAUUCAGACCUAAAUAAAUCAACAACAUAUUUGCACUUUUCAUGACCCACUUUGAAUCUGACAAUCUCAAAGCUGCUAAUCGGAUAUGAAUUGUAUUGUACAAAAAGUUUUUUUUUUCAAAAUUCAAUUUCCUUUAGUUUUGCCCAUUGUUUUCUAUUUUGGGGCACAACAUUAUUUUACUAAGGGACUGUAUGCCCCUUUUCAUGGAAUAGCACGAUCGUGUCACAAGGAAGUUCAAGGAUGACAGACGCAAAAACAGAUCUGCGGAUGUUCUAAAUUAAAAUGUUUACCAUUUGUGCCGUAUAAAGUUAUCUGCUGCUGUUCUUAAUUCAACCUUAAUUCAACCUUUUACCAUUUUUAUGUUUAAAUGUUGAAUUGUGUUUAAAGUGUAUAAAGCUAUAUAUCCAAAAAGCUUGUAUGAAACCAAAAUGGCAAUAAAUUGCCUUAAAGCGACCGGCGCAUGCACAAAGUCAUUGCUUAACGGAUAAAACCCUACUUAAAUAUCAAAAUAAUAUUUGUUCCGGAACAUUUGACAUUAUAAUAUAUGUUACAACUUUUUCGGGAAUCAACCAUAUAAUAAUGGAACCAAUAUAAUUUUACUAUUGAAAGUUUUUAUAAGAAUACAUGUAUUUCAUAAGAUAUAUAUUUGAGCCGCGUCACGACAAAACCAACAUAUUGCGUUUGCGACCAGCAUGAAUCCGGACCAGCCUGCGUAUCCGCGCAGUCUGAUCAGGAUCCAUGUUGUUCGCUUACAAACCUUAUUACAAGUAGAGUAAUUGAUAGCGAACAGCAUGGAUCCUGAUCAGACUGCGCGGAUGCGCAAGCUGGUCUUGAUCCAUGCUGGUCGCAAACGCACUAUGUUGGUAUUGUCAUGGCGCAGCUCAUUUAUACCCUUUAAGAUGGUGCUAGAGGGCGUGUACGGUAGUUUGAAAUUACCAAUAUCGUCUAUAAAGGCUCAAUCAAACCGAGUCAGCAACAUUUUCUAUUCUGCUAUUUUGAACGUUCUUUAGGGAUUAUGACGUCACAUCAUUACGUCGCAAGAUUACUUUAACAAUUUUCUGGAAGAGGAAAUGCACCCGGUUAGAACAGUCAUUCAGAUUUCAUAUCAUGAAAGAACAACAAGAUAGUGACGUAAACAAGUUGGGUUCAGUUAUCAUCGAUAAAAACUCAUCGAUCUGAAAUCAUUGGCUAUAGAGACCAUAAGCUGUAAAAAUUCAUUAUUUGUAAAAUCCAAAGUUGUAAUACUUUUAUUUUCUUUACAAAAUGCUCUUUCUUAGGUAUAACAUAUAAUAUAUGUGAGCUCAUAUGCUUUGGUUAUCUUUGAAUCAAGGUAUAUGUUGUCUAUAAAACAAGUUUUAAACAAUAUAAUAGAGAAACUAAGAAAUCCCUAAAGGACGCAAAAAACGAUAAAAUUGAAAAUGUUGCAGUCUCGGUUUGAUUGAGCCUGUUCAUGGACGGUAAUUCAAAAUGCAGGUUACCGUCCACGCCAACUAGGUACACUUAUUUGUAUAAAUAAGGCAUAGAAACCUUUGUAACUUAUAGGAUUAAUUUCAGCAAAUUAUGUUGUUCAGACUUACUAACGUAAAUAACAGCAUUUUAAUUCAUUGACCAAAUGAAAAUUUCUUUCUGCUUAAAAGUAUGACAUUACACUUAAGCUUGUUAUAUUUC